GGCUCCUGCAGGCAGACCUGGCCCCACCAAGUCCAUUUUUUGCCCUCCCCACUGGACUUAAAAUCUCAACCCUCCUCCAAACUAUUUCAAGCUUUUCUUCCUCUUCCUCUCUUCGUCGGCAUACCUGAUUCAAGCAAUCUCCUGCCACUUUCACAUUUCUAGCGCAAAGUCGCCAGUCAGCACAUCAACCGUCAAAAUGGGCAAGGAGGACAAGACUCACAUCAACGUCGUCGUUAUCGGCCACGUCGAUUCCGGCAAGUCUACCACUACCGGUCACUUGAUCUACAAGUGCGGUGGUAUCGACAAGCGUACCAUCGAGAAGUUCGAGAAGGAAGCCGCUGAGCUCGGUAAGGGUUCCUUCAAGUAUGCCUGGGUUCUUGACAAGCUCAAGGCCGAGCGUGAGCGUGGUAUCACCAUCGAUAUCGCCCUCUGGAAGUUCGAGACUCCCAAGUACUACGUCACCGUCAUCGAUGCCCCCGGUCAUCGUGAUUUCAUCAAGAACAUGAUCACUGGUACCUCCCAGGCUGAUUGCGCUAUCCUCAUCAUUGCCGCCGGUACUGGUGAGUUCGAGGCUGGUAUCUCCAAGGAUGGCCAGACCCGUGAGCACGCUCUGCUCGCCUACACCCUCGGUGUCAAGCAGCUCAUUGUUGCCAUCAACAAGAUGGACACCACCCAGUGGUCCCAGACUCGUUUCGAGGAGAUCAUCAAGGAGACCAAGAACUUCAUCAAGAAGGUUGGCUACAACCCCGCUGGUGUCGCUUUCGUCCCCAUCUCCGGCUUCAACGGCGACAACAUGCUUGAGCCCUCCACCAACUGCCCCUGGUACAAGGGUUGGGAGAAGGAGACCAAGGCCGGCAAGGCCACUGGCAAGACCCUCCUCGAGGCCAUCGACGCCAUUGAGCCCCCCAAGCGUCCUACCGACAAGCCCCUCCGUCUUCCCCUCCAGGAUGUCUACAAGAUCGGUGGUAUCGGCACAGUGCCCGUCGGCCGUAUCGAGACUGGUGUCCUCAAGCCCGGUAUGGUCGUUACCUUCGCUCCUUCCAACGUCACCACUGAAGUCAAGUCCGUCGAGAUGCACCACGAGCAGCUUGCUCAGGGUGUCCCCGGUGACAACGUCGGCUUCAACGUGAAGAACGUUUCCGUCAAGGAUAUCCGCCGUGGUAACGUUGCCGGUGACUCCAAGAACGACCCCCCUGCUGGCGCCGCCUCUUUCACCGCCCAGGUCAUCGUUCUCAACCACCCCGGUCAGGUCGGUGCCGGCUACGCCCCCGUCCUCGACUGCCACACUGCCCACAUUGCCUGCAAGUUCGCCGAGCUCCUCGAGAAGAUCGACCGCCGUACUGGUAAGGCUGUUGAGGCCUCCCCCAAGUUCAUCAAGUCUGGUGAUGCUGCCAUCGUCAAGAUGAUUCCCUCCAAGCCCAUGUGCGUUGAGGCUUUCACCGACUACCCUCCCCUCGGCCGUUUCGCCGUCCGUGACAUGCGUCAGACCGUCGCCGUCGGUGUCAUCAAGGCCGUCGACAAGUCCACCGCUGCCGCUGGCAAGGUCACCAAGUCCGCUGCCAAGGCCGCCAAGAAGUAAAUUACCUCUUCUUGACCAAGCAAAAAACUUACGAAUCUCCUUGCGUUGCAUGAGCACUCGGUUGUUUUGGGCACAAUGAUGAGAGGGUUGGUCUGGGAUUUUACGACGGAUACAAAACCUCCUGUGCUGAGGACAAGAUAGAGGCUAGAUAAUGACUACAAAAUGAUGAUUCCCCAUGAACAAGCAACACACGUCCCCUUUUGUACUUUCUUGCUGUGUAGUGCUCUUGUUCUCCACUUAUUUGAGGCCUCUACCUUCGCCUUCUGUUCCGGCCUUCGUCAACUGGCUAUGCAUUUGUUAACAGUUGUUGGUUGCCUGCACACCUACAUCACUAAUCUUUCUGCACAUUUAUACCUCCGUGUUGGUCAUAUAUCUGGAUUCCUUGCGCGCCCAUCGUCGACCUCGUUCGUCUCGCCCAUCUUCCGGUAAUUCACUGAACAUCCGAAGUCGUCUGUGUAAUUGUAAACAGCUUGUCGAACCAUGGUUUGUCAAUUACAUCUACUGACGCUCGCUGACCCAUCUCCUGUCUCCUUUCUACUGUCACCUUUUGACUCUUGGAUUUGACAGGCAUAUCGGGACGUCCUGUGCUCUCCUUGGCGGGAGUCGACCUUCGUAUUGUUCAUUUUCCAGUAAUUCCAACGAACAACUGAUGGUAGUGGUUUGCUCUUCCAAUCGAUGUUGUCAUCUGCGAAACGCUCUGCAGACCAUUUCCUGGCUUCCGAUGUUUUAUUUUACUCAAAAACUCUCUUCUACCGAGGCUCCAUGUGUUGAUUGAACCCUCAUCUCGAUGUUGUCACCUUGUCUGUUGAGCUUUACCACUAUUCCAUGCUUCGGUUGUUCAAUUUGGCAGCUGAGGGAAGUCAUUACUCGAUCAACUAGGGAAAGGAUACUCGUGGAGCAUAGAGAGAAGCCUAGCAAAGUAUUUGUGCGACGUCAUCGAUACCUUUCUUCUCUUCCUUUAGUCAUUAUUUCUCCCAAGGCUGAGACUGGGCGUGUUGCAACUCCCGGUGGACAGGGUACUACUAUCUCACCAGCUAGGAAAGGAGUAUAUCUAGGCGAAGAGAGAUGGGAAAGCGUGCUCAGGGGCAUGAGAAGAUGGAACACUUUAUCUAUGGAUGAUGCAGCUACGACUCAUUAUAUUUGCG